ACUUUUCGAUUCAAUCAAUACUCGAAUCCACAUACUCAUAUUCGAUUAUUUCUCAAUUUAUUCCGUUUAUUAAACGAAUCAUGUGAUGGCGGUUUGUAUGGAUACAUUCUUUAUCUUCAACUCUUUCAUAAUGAUAACGAGCACCAUAUUCAUCAUUUGCUUUUGCAAACCACCCCGUCAGAAGAACAGUUGUCAUGUUCGGGAGAUGACAAAUUCCAUGAGAGCGGCGCCGAUCUCGGAUGCAAUACCGGAUAGUACUCGAACUGCGUUGGACAAAGAAGAGAAGAAGAAAAGGAGCAAAGAUUCAUCGAAAAAGUCAAACAAGAAGAACAAAAAGAAGAAGUCAGCGGAUUCUUCCAUGAAAAUUUCGAAAAAAUCGAGCAAGUCGAAGAAAUCCAAAAAAUCUGAGAAAGGGAAGAAACCAGAAGCCCGAGGGAGGGAUGAGGGCGAGAACUCAACGCAAAGAUCUGGAGCGGCUGAGACAAACGGACCACCCGUUACAGCUAAAAGUGCAUUGAGUAAAACCGCUAAAAGCGUUCCGAAUGCCCCUAACACCAGUGUCAAGCCGACUUCUCUAGCUGCCAAUUCUCCAGCCCCGUCGUACACAAACCCAGGAACACCAGCUGCUAAUUCGGUUCCCGAUACAGCCAACCCAAGAUCGCUUCCAGUUGGAAUUCCCGGUGCUCCAGGCUGCCAGUCAAUGCCAGCGUUUUAAAGAGAACUACUAUGUGAAAUAAAAGCUUUUUCUUGG